AUGUCCGCCGAGGACUCACAGAAGUGCUACGAGCCGCUCCCCGUGCCGCAUAUACCCGACAAGCUGUUGUCGUUCCCGCAGGAGUACACGCUCAAGCCUGGCCAGCAAACGCCGUUCGAUGAGGUCCUGCAGCAUUUCCAGGACGAGGACUACGUGCUGCCGAAUGUCGAGGAUGGGGCUCUGACAGACGAAGAAAGGUUCUGGCUGUCGUACGAAUGCAUACAUAGAUAUCUUCGGGCGGUCAAGUGGGCAUCCUCCAAGGCGGCUAUAAAGCGACUCGAAGAGACCCUCAUCUGGCGGCGCGAAUUCGGCUUGUACGGCCUCAUCACCCAUGAACACGUCGAACCCGAGGCAACGACAGGAAAGGAGGUACUGUUCGGAUACGACGUCGACGGGCGACCAGCUCUCUACCUGCGUCCGAGCAGACAAAACACGGGGGAGUCGAUCCGUCAACUGCAUUUCCUGACGUGGACGCUCGAACGCUGCGUGGACCUCAUGGGUCCGGGAGUCGAGAACAUCGCGCUCAUGGUAGACGUCUCCGACCGGGCCAAAAUGCCUUCCAUCUCA